AUGUUCUUCUGCAAUGCCUCGGCCGAAUGCUGCACCAAUCUAGUGAAGAUACUCUCAGAGUAUGAGGAAGCAUCUGGACAGAAAAUAAACCGCAAUAAAUCAGCCAUCACAUUCUCAUCAAAAACACCCGCAGAGAUGAAAGGAAGGGCGAAGGAAAUUCUGAACAUCAACAAAGAGGGUGGGCUAGGUAAAUACCUAGGCUUACCGGAGCAUUUCGGGAGAAAAAAGAAAGAUCUCUUCACAUCCGUGGUAGAUAGAAUCAGACAGAAAGCAUUGAGCUGGACUACGAGGUUCCUGUCAAAAGCCGGCAAACUCACAAUGUUAAAGUCAGUUCUCACGUCUAUCCCCAACCACUCUAUGUCAUGCUUCUUAUUACCAGUCUCACUAUGCAAAAGAAUCCAGUCUGCACUAACGAGAUUCUGGUGGGACGGACCUGAUGGGAAAAGGAAAAUGUGCUGGGUUUCUUGGGAUACUCUAACAAAACCAAAGGCUCAAGGAGGACUAGGCCUAAGAGACAUCCAACUGUUCAACCAAGCCCUAUUGGCAAAACUAGCAUGGAGAAUCCUCACAGUUCCUAACUGCCUACUUGCUAGGAUCUUAAUUGGGAAAUACUGUCACAACAAAAGCAUCCUAGAAAUAUCGGUACCUACAGUAUGCUCUCAUGGGUGGCGUAGCAUUCUCCACGGCCUAGAACUCCUAAAGCCACACCUGGGGAAGGCAAUUGGAAAUGGUAUGUCUACAAAGGUAUGGCAAGACUCCUGGAUCUCUUUGGAUAAGAAUGUGAAACCAAUCGGCCCCUGCACUGAGGAAGUGUUAGACCUGCAGGUUUCAGACCUCCUCACAUCAGACCUCAAAUGGAAUCGACGAAAGCUAGAGGAAAUCUUACCGUCGUUGGCGUCACAGAUUCAAGCCAUAAGACCAAGAACCAAAGGAGCAGAAGAUAUUUUUGUUUGGCAACCCUUGCAAUCAGGAGUGUACUCCGCCGAGUCAGUAUUCCUCUGGUCCACCAUCCAAAAAGCACUCCCAACUGGCGAGAAUCUGCAGAAUAGAGGCAUCACAUCAGAUCUCACUUGCCCAAGAUGUAAGGAAACAGAGACGUCAAUGCAUAUAUUUUUCAACUGUCCUUUUGCAAGGAAGGUUUGGGAAGCUGUACCUCUAAGACAAGCGAUUCCCACAUCUGCGGAGGACACAAUAACAUCGAUGGUGGUCAAGUUCAGAAGAGCCCUAUGCCUCCCACCGACUGGAGUUCAGAACCCAAUCCUUCCCUGGAUCCUCUGGUCCAUAUGGACAGCUCGAAACAAACUCCUCUUCGAAGACAGAAACAUGCUACCUGAGGAGGUCGUAUCAGGAGGUAUUAGGCUUGCGAGAGAGUGGAACCAAGCACAAGAGCCAAGGAACUCACCAAAGAAGCCAGUAUAUGUUCCAGAGGUCAGCAUCGACGGGAGGACAAUGCCUCGAAACCAUAGCGACGACAGCGCGAUCAUCUGCACAACGGACGCAUCUUGGGAUGCGACAUCAAAGAGGGCCGGCUUAGCAUGGAUUUUCAGGGAGAACAACGGAACAAUCGCGAUUCAAGGAUCAGAAAUCCAACACUCUGUUUCAUCCCCCUUGAUGGCUGAAGCCCUAGCAAUUAGAUCAACCCUCGUCAUGGCAGCAGAACACGAGAUUCUCAAUCUCAGAAUCUACUCCGACUCACUAACACUCAUUCGAGCAAUCAACACCAAGAUGCAGGAUAAAGAAAUUUUUGUAUCCUCUGCGACAUCCAUCAAAUAUCUUCUGUAUUUGGCUCAAUCUCCUUCUCGUUCUUGCCUCGAUCACAAAACAGAGAAGCGGAUGAGCUGGCUAAAUGCUGUCUCCGUUCUUUGUCUUUCAUGUCUUGUAAUGGGCUCAUUGGGCUAA